CGGGCAGGGGCUGCCUCCCGGCUCUCCAGCAGCGGCGGCGGCGGCGGCAUCCUCAGCCCUGGCGAUGCGGGCACCACCCGCCGCCCCUGGUGAGCCGCAGUGCUCCAGGAGGGGCCCCCGCUAGCCCCUGCCCUGCCCAGCCCGUGCAUUCAGCUCCGGCGAGGAAGGGAUGGGCGUGAGGGCAGCUGUUCCUGUCCCCUGCUCAGCAGCAGCAGCAGCAGCAGGAGAGUCAAUGCGGCAGCCUCCCCACUGAAGGAGCAGCGGGCAAAGCCAGUGCGGUUAGCUGAGGACAGUGUGAGGCUGCCCCCCCCCCUGCUCCUGCUCCUCUCCCGCUUGCAUUGCCGGCUCUUGCAUUCAUCCUGUUAGGAACACCCCCAGCCCAGCCCCUGGAUCCCCUCUGCAAGGCUCGGCCAUGGGGGCGCUGACCAGCAGGCAGAACGCAGGGGUGGAAGAGGUGGACAUCCCUUCUAAUUCAGUCUACAGAUAUCCUCCUAAAUCCGGGAGCUACUUUGCCAGCCAUUUCAUCAUGGGAGGUGAGAAGUUCGACUCCACGCACCCGGAGGGCUACCUCUUUGGAGAGAACAGCGACCUGAACUUCCUGGGAAACAGACCUGUAGUGUUUCCUUACGCCGCCCCACCCCCGCAGGAGCCAGUGAAGACACUCAGGAGUUUAAUCAACAUCCGCAAGGACACUCUGCGUCUAGUCAAGUGCACGGAGGAAGUGAAGACCCCUGGUGAGGAAGUCAGCAAAGCCAAGGUCCGCUACAACGUGGAGUUCACCUUUGACACUGACACACGAGUGGCCAUCACCAUUUAUUACCAGGCUACCGAAGAAUUCCAGAACGGAGUAGCCAGCUACCUCCCCAAAGACACCAGCUUGCAGUCAGAGACGGUCCAUUACAAACGAGGGGUGUGUCAGCAGUUCUGCGUCCCCUCCCACACCGUCGAUCCUUCCGAAUGGGCAGAAGAGGAGCUGGGCUUUGACCUGGACCGAGAGGUGUAUCCCAUGGUGGUGCAUGCAGUCGUGGACGAGGGAGAUGAGCACCUUGGCCACUGCCACGUACUACUAGCGACGUUUGAGAAGCAUGCAGAUGGUAGCUUUUGUGUGAAACCCCUGAAGCAGAAACAAGUGGUGGAUGGAGUUAGCUACCUCCUUCAGGAGAUCUACGGGAUCGAGAACAAAUACAAUACACAGGACUCCAAGGUGGCUGAGGACGAGGUGAGCGAUAACAGCGCAGAGUGCGUGGUCUGCCUCUCGGAUGUGCGGGACACUCUGAUUCUACCCUGCCGCCAUCUUUGCCUCUGUAACACUUGUGCGGACACCCUGCGUUACCAAGCCAACAACUGCCCCAUCUGCAGGCUGCCAUUCCGAGCCUUGCUCCAGAUCCGAGCAAUGAGGAAAAAACUUGGCCCUCUCUCUCCAGCCAGCUUCAGCCCAAUCAUCGCCUCCCAAACGUCCGAUUCUGAGGAGCACUCGUCUUCUGAGAACAUCCCUCCUGGUUACGAGGUAGUGUCUCUGCUGGAAGCUCUCAACGGGCCUCUCACUCCGUCCCCGGCCGCCCUUCCACUGCACGGGCUUGGGGACAGCCACGGGGCAGGGAUGCUGCCGUCGUAUGGCAGCGACGGCCACCUGCCUCCCAUCAGGACGCUCUCUCCCCUCGACCGCUUGUCGGACUGCGGCAGCCAAGGGCUCAAACUCAAGAAGAGCCUGUCAAAGUCAGUUUCCCAGACUUCCUCGGUCCUGCAUGAAGAAGAUGAUAAGUCCUGCAGCGAAUCGGAAAUCAGGAUUUCCAGGAGGAAGUCUCCUCAUCAGCAUGAGGAGGAAUGUGGUGUGACAUCGGAGAGUGAAAACCUCACCUUGUCCUCCUCAGGAGCAAUAGAUCAGUCUUCGUGCACAGGAACCCCUCUCUCCUCCACCAUCUCCUCCCCAGAAGAUCCUGGCAGCAGCAGCCUGGCCCAGUCCAUCAUGUCCAUGGCCUCCUCCCAAAGUCAGCACUCCCAGAUCAGCACUGACACCAUGUCUUCCAUGUCUGGCUCCUAUGUCGCUCCGGGCACAGAGGAAGAGGGGGACACGCUCCCAUCCCCUGCUGCUGCCAGUGGGAUUCCUUCAGAAGGAGAGUCAACCCCUGUGGAAUCUCCGGAUAGGAAUUUUGUCAGUAUCCCUUCGGAGGAGCAAGACUCAGAGGGAAACGAUGUCAUGGAGGAAGAGGACGGAUCUCCCACCCAGGAAGAUGGUAAUGGAGGCCAGAGGACAGGUGCUUUCCUAGGUAUGGAGUGUGACAAUAACAAUGACAUUGACAUCGCGAGCGUGAAAGCGCUGGACAAUAAGCUGUGCUCUGAGGCCUGCUUCCCUGGCAUCAAGGGCUCAGAUGACAACGCCCUGACCCGCAGGCCUGCCCAGAGGCACCAUCUGUCUUCCAGCAACAUCAGCCUGGAAGAGGAGGAAGAUAUGCAGUGCAUGGUGGGCCCGCUGGCUGUCUGAGGAGACUCCACCCUCUCUGGGACUGCAUGCUCAUUCCAGCAUCACACUGGAGGGAGGGCAAAGCCCCCCCCCACCACCACACUUCCCCAGCACUAAAGAAACGCAGAGCGGCAGCUCUGUGGGCAUUAACACCUCAAAUCCAGCCGAUGUAGCGAUACUGAUUUUUACACAAUUGAACCUAGACGUCUCAUUGCUCCUCUCUGUGGCCCCUUUCCCGAUAUUUAUGCUAAGACAAACUGGGCUCACCGUGAUCACAGCACAAGGGGGUUUGUUUGAAUUAAGGAAGAGUGUGAAGCUUUCCAGUCUCCUCCUGACGUCUGCCCACGUGCUGAAGCCAAGGGCUACACCCACGCACUCCUGGCCCCUUCGGUGUGGUGACCAGGGAAUACGGGAGGAAAGAGCUGAUGUUUUGCGCCCUUCCUCCACUCCUGCCUCUUCUCUCCAGUCUGCGCUGAUACUUUGAGCCUCUAGCUUCUUAGCUGGGCCCCAGGGCAGCGCUGAAAGGUCUGCGUGCGUGACGCCGCAGGAGAUGUUCCAGGGCGGGAGGUCUGCAUGACUUCGAGGGCCUCCUUCUGGGGAAGUGGGGGAGGGGAACGAGCAUUCCUCUCCGGGUUGGAGAGGCGGGCGCUGUCUGCACUUGGUGGUUGGUUAAGAGGAGCAUGACUGGGAGCAAGCCUAGCUGCCCAUGGGCAGGCUCUCCCUCCCGUGUCCAUGUGCAUGUAGAGGCACUCACAAUUAGCUCACAUCCAUCUACCUCGCAAGCGUGCAGUAUCCACCUCGCUCGCUCAGCUGCACGCACGCUGCUGGUGUAAGUUUCCCCAAGGCCUGAGCCACGUACGGCUAAUCCUGAUCUCAUCAAAGUCAGUGGGAACGUGGCCAUUGCCUUCGGUGAGACCAGGAUUCAGCUGCCCGUGCUUGUGAUGAGCCUCCGAGGGGCAGGCUCACACACACCCAUGGGGCCAUCUGUGCUGGUGCAUGCAAGCAGGUGAGCUUACAACUGAGGGCUGGCAUACCUGAGUAGGUGCACUUACGCGUGCAAAAGACCGUGCAUAUGUAGGCUUAUAGAAUCAUAGACUAUCAGGGUUGGAAGGGACCUCAGGAGGUAUCUAGUCCAACCCCCUGCUCAAAGCAAGACCAAUCCCCAACUAUUUUUUUUUUUUUGCCCUAGAUCCCUAAAUGGCCCCCUCAGGAAUUGAACUCACAACCCUGGGUUUAGCAGGCCAAUGCUCAAACCCUUAUGUACAUGGCAGCAUGCAUGGACCCUGAAGCACGUAUGUGCAUGUGGUUGUGAGUGCAUAUUCACGUUUGCCUAGCCCUCCCUUGCCCUGCCAGGUGGUGAUGUUUUUACCCUGACACCGACGUGUGAGGGUCAAGCCUCCAAAUUCAUGCUUUAAAUGCGGCUGAUGUCACACCUUCAAAAUAUCCCCUUGGUCCCCCUUACCCUCCUCCCUCUGCCAUCCUGUGGCUCCAGGCCUUUCUUCCUUCCACAAAACCAACCCAAGCAAUAACCCAGCUCUGAGCCGUGACUCAGCAAGACAUCAGAGGAAGGGCAAUUAUUGGCCUGGAGGUGGGGGCUUGCUUCUUAAUCUUCAGCCCUUGCUUCUGUCUGGUAUUUAACUAGAGGAUCUGGGGCAGGGAAAUGGUAACCUAGUUCCCUACAAUGAAAACCACGGCAGGGGCCCAACAGCCAGCUUCUCGGAGACGGUGAAGGGACUUUUCCACCUCGUCCUCCAAACUGCCGCCAUGCUGGCUCCAUUCGUCUCAGCUGGAGGGGGCUCAGCGCCUGCCGAUGCCCCUCUCUCCGGAACAAUUGCAGGGACAAACUCAGUCCCUUUCUUUGUUCCUUCUCUCUAAAGCACCUUGCCGAGAGCAAGGACAUGUGCACUGCGUGGCCCCCCGACCUCCCACCGCCGGUACCGUUCCUCCCACUCCCCCGCCACUUUUCACUCCUCGGUUUUCCUUUUGAUUUCUGGGGGUACUGGCCUGACCUGUUAGUCUUGGAGCAGCGUGGCAAAGGGCACAGAUUGAGCCCAGAGAGGGGGGGCCCUUUAAGAAUGCAGGAUAAGGCGGGGCAAAGCGUAGCAGACCCCCAAGCGGGCUGUGGCGUGAAGUGAUCCGGCUGCAACCAUUCAGCUUGCCCUUGGGACAGAGGGAAGGCCUGGGCUUCUCCCGCAGUUACCAAGGGGCCCUUUGAGAAGCCCGAGGGCAGGUGCAGACGGGAUGCCAGGAAUCAUCUGAGUCUUUGUUAUAUUCCCUACCUGAAAUACUCCUCAAUAAAACCACUGCAGCAAUUGACA